GUCGCCGGCCCGGCCAUGGCGGACAGCGAGAAGCUGGACAACCAGCGGCUCAAGAAUUUCAAGAACAAAGGCCGCGACUUGGAGACUAUGAGAAGACAACGAAAUGAAGUUGUAGUUGAAUUAAGGAAGAAUAAAAGAGAUGAACAUCUCUUAAAGAGAAGGAACGUACCACAUGAAGAUAUCUGUGAAGACUCUGAUAUAGAUGGUGAUUAUAGAGUGCAAAAUACCUCUCUAGAAGCUAUUGUUCAAAAUGCUUCAAGUGACAACCAAGGAAUUCAGUUAAGUGCAGUUCAAGCUGCUAGGAAACUCUUGUCUAGUGACCGAAAUCCACCAAUUGAUGACCUAAUAAAGUCUGGAAUAUUGCCUAUUUUAGUCCAUUGUCUUGAAAGAGAUGAUAAUCCUUCUUUACAGUUUGAAGCUGCCUGGGCUCUGACAAACAUUGCGUCUGGGACCUCUGAACAAACACAAGCAGUCGUUCAGUCCAAUGCUGUGCCACUUUUCCUGAGACUUCUCCAUUCACCCCAUCAAAAUGUCUGUGAGCAAGCAGUGUGGGCAUUGGGAAACAUCAUAGGUGAUGGGCCACAGUGUAGAGAUUAUGUCAUAAGUCUUGGCGUCGUGAAACCUUUACUUUCUUUCAUAAGUCCAUCUAUUCCUAUAACUUUCCUAAGAAAUGUCACUUGGGUUAUGGUCAACCUAUGUCGCCACAAAGACCCACCACCCCCAAUGGAAACAAUUCAGGAGAUUCUUCCAGCUCUUUGUGUUUUAAUUCAUCAUACAGAUGUAAAUAUAUUGGUAGACACAGUCUGGGCUCUCUCCUAUCUGACGGAUGCUGGCAAUGAACAGAUACAGAUGGUAAUAGACUCUGGGAUCGUCCCUCAUUUGGUUCCUCUGCUCAGCCACCAAGAAGUUAAAGUUCAGACGGCUGCACUCCGGGCUGUGGGCAACAUCGUGACCGGGACUGAUGAGCAAACACAAGUUGUCCUGAAUUGUGAUGCGCUUUCACAUUUUCCAGCACUCCUGACACAUCCCAAAGAGAAAAUUAAUAAGGAAGCAGUGUGGUUCCUCUCAAACAUCACGGCAGGGAAUCAGCAGCAAGUCCAGGCAGUAAUUGAUGCCAACCUCGUACCAAUGAUAAUACACCUUUUGGAUAAGGGGGAUUUUGGCACUCAGAAAGAAGCUGCUUGGGCCAUUAGUAACUUAACCAUCAGUGGGAGAAAAGAUCAAGUGGCUUACCUCAUUCAACAAAAUGUUAUCCCACCUUUUUGCAAUUUGCUUACUGUAAAAGAUGCACAAGUUGUACAAGUAGUCCUCGAUGGUCUAAGUAAUAUAUUAAAAAUGGCUGAAGAUGAGGCAGAAACCAUAGCCAAUCUCAUAGAAGAAUGCGGGGGACUGGAGAAAAUUGAACAACUUCAAAAUCAUGAAAACGAAGACAUCUACAAAUUGGCCUAUGAGAUCAUCGAUCAGUUCUUCUCUUCAGAUGAUAUUGAUGAAGACCCUAGCCUUGUUCCAGAGGCAAUACAAGGUGGAACAUUUGGUUUCAAUUCAUCUGCCAAUGUACCGACGGAAGGAUUCCAGUUUUAGAGAGAUGUCAUGAAAGUCAAGUCUAAUGCGGCACUGAGAUACAUAAAUAUACAUGCGUCUAUAGAGAAAGGUUUGAUCCAUCAAGCUUGGCUCAUGGGAUCUGCUGCUGCAUUAAAUCGGGAAAGAAAAUGUGAAGAUUUCAUUUGGAAUCACAGAAAAUGCCCAAAUGAGAUCAAGAUGGCGAGUGGGUGCGAGUGAGAAUGAGUGGCAGAAUGGAAUGAGACUUUACAUGAGUGCUUAUUUAGAUUGUUGGAAGUGAAAAGGGGCUGCGGGUCACAGAUCUUCAGUGCCCGAGAAGGAACAUUGCCUUGGUCUCUGUCAGUGAGAGGUAGUGCAGUUCUGUCAUCUUUAAGCCCAACAAGUCGCAGGAAAGUGAGGCCGGGCCUUGCUCUGAGCAGUGUGUGAGUGGACGAUGCUGAGUGAAUGUGGCUCCAUGAUGGAGAGCCAGAUCCAUCUUCCGUGCGUGGGGUUCUUCCCUGGGAAGCCGACUCCUAGCCCUGGAGUGACUGUGGAGUGAGCGUGUGGGUGUGGUGCUGUGUGUGGACGCAUGCGAGCUUGAUUCGCCUUCGGGGCUGGUAACAGACCUAGAAAAUCACCGAAUGAGAUCGGAGUGUUACUGGACUCUGCCAGGACAGCCCAGACCGGUUCAGCAGCAGACACCGGUUCUCCGCCGCCCGCCCUCCUCCAAGUUCCUUUUUAGGUUUUGUUUUGUUUUUUUUCUUUUUUUCUUUUUUCAUUUUAGUUUUUAUUUACUUUACCUAGUAUGGCUUUUUAGUUGCUUCUCAAAUCAGAAAACUUUUCAGGAAGGGUUCCCUGUGCAUUUGCACCAGAUGAAUGUUUGAUGCUAUGAAAAGCUUUCCAUAUCAUCAAAACUAAUUUGUGUAGAUUUUUGCAUGGAAAAAAAUCAUAAAUUUCCCUCAAAAUAGACUGUGUUGCAGUACACAAGUUGCCAUAAUAGUAUAAAACAGUUAAAAAUGUGCUUUACCAAGCAUCCUUUUCAUUUUCACAGACAACAUAAAACCCGUUGCAUGAAAUUAAUCUACAGCAUAGUUCAUUUUUAGAUUCUGUUGAGUCCUGUAAAGAAGAAGAAAAAAAAAGUUUCAGUUGUGGUAGAAUACCGUGCUGUGUUUAAAUGUUACUUGUUUUCAAACUUUGUUUUCUAUGAAAAUGAUAUGGAAACUUCUAAAAUGAAAUUUGGUGCAUAUGUACUGCUGAAUAAAAGACCGAUGAAGAGGUUUGAGUAGAUGUACAAAUCAAGUAAUGGUUUGAACACCUUUAAUAAUAUGCCUAAUCUGUUCAAUUGUUUUAGACUCUUUUUACCUUAGAUGUAGGCAGCCAUGAACAAUCUAUUUUGAGCCACUUUAAGGGAGAAAACUUUGUAUUUUUAAAACUUGCAUAAAAAUUAUGCAAGUGGUUUUUAUAAAUUGGAAUAAUACCUCAGUUUUGAGGUCAUGCACACUAAAUUAAAUGUGACAUAAAUUAAUUUGUACACAGAAGAACUCUUGAUAAGGUGGCUCAUUGUAGGAACUCCUGUGCCUUCCCCUUCGAGCACAAAUGUUGCAUGAACAAGUUUGCUAUAAGAAACAUACCAGGUUAGCCACCAUUAGCAUCUAUAUCUACUUUGUGUUGAAAAAUCAACUGGUAAUUCUGAAACACUGUAGAAUGGAUAAAAAUUAUUUUGUGAUCAUAACUCUUUGUUGAACUAGAGUAUUUUUGCAGCAUUCCUUGUCAUCAAAACAUGGUGAAAGUUUAAAACUAGAAGCAGCAGAAAACUAGCUUGUACAUUUUAUCCAAGUAGACUGCAGGCUAGGCUGUCUGGGGAAAUAAAUAUUAAAACUGAAAACAAUGUUUUACAUGGGA